AUGGAGCUAAUUCGGGAGUCCGCCGCGACGCAUCCGCACUACAUCUUGAUCUCCCAGAUUCGGCAGCUGUUGAGUAGAGACUGGCAGGUGGAGUUCAAGCAUGUUUUCAGGGAGGGGAUCGUGGCAGCAGACUUUUUAGCCUCGCUGGGGCAUUCUCUUAGCGUGGGCGAGCAUACGAUCACGACACCCUACCCGACGUUGAAUCACCUACUGCUCUAUGAUGUAAUGGGUAUCCAAACCCCUCGCUUUGUGUUGAACAAUGUGGCAAUUUAUAUGUACAAAACGUAA